AUGGGAAAGGAGGAAAAGACUCACAUCAACAAUGUGGUCAUUGUACAUGUAGAAUCUGGCAAGUCUACCACUACUGGCCAUCUGAUCUACAAAUGUGGUAGCAUCAACAAAAGAACCAUAGAAAAAUUUGAGAAGGAGGCUACUGAGAUGGGGAAGGGCUCCUUCAAGUAUGUCUCGGUCUUGGGAAAGCUGAAAGCUGAACACAAGCAUGGUAUCACCACCAUUAUCGCCUUGUAGGAACUUGAAAGCAGCAAGUAUUAUGUGACCAUCACUGAUAUCCCAGGACACAUGGACUUUAUCAAAAACAUGAUUACGGGCACAUCUCAGGAUUAUUCUCCUGGUCUAGUUGUUGCUGUUGGUGCUGAUGAGUUUGAAGCAGGUGUCUCCAAGAAUGGGCCGACUGGUGAGCAUGCCCUUCUGGUUUACACACUGGGUGUGAAACAGCUGAUUGUUGAUGUUAACUAAAUGGAUUCCACUGAGCCGCCCUACAGCCAGAAGAGAUAUGAGGAAAUUGUUAAAGUCAGCACCUACAUUAAGAAAAUUGGCUACAACACUGAUACAGUAGCAUAUUCUGGUUGGAAUGGUGACAACAUUCUGGAGUCAAGUGCUAACAUGCCUUGGUUUAAGGGAUGGAAAUUCAUCUGUAAAGAUGGCUAUGCCAGUGGAACCACAAUGCUUGAAGCUCUGCAUUGCAUCCUACCACCAGCUCAUCCAACUGACAAGCCCCCACAUCUGCCUCUCCAGGAUGUCUACAAAAUUGGUGGUAUUUGUACUGUCCCUGUGGGUCAAGUGGAGACUGGUGUUCUCAAACCUGGCAUGAUGGUCACCUUUGAUCCAGUCAAUAUUACAACUGAAGUAAACUCUGUUGAAAUGCACCAUGAAACUUUGAGUAAAGCUCUUUCUGGGGACAAUGUGGACUUCAAUGUCAAGAACAUGUCUGUCAAAGAUGUUCAUCGUGGCAAUGUGGCUGGUGACAGGAAAAAUGACCCACCAAUGGAAGCAGCUGGCCUCACAGCUUGGGUGAUUAUCCUCAACCAUCCAGGCCAAAUCAGUGCUGGAUAUGCACCUGUUCUGGAUUGUCACACAGCUCAUAUUGCUUGCAAAUUUGCUGAGCUGAAGGAGAAGAUUGAUCAUUGUUCUGGGGAAAAGCUGGAAGAUGGCCCAAAGAUUCUGAAAUCUGGUGAUGCUACAAUCAUUGAUAUGGUUCCUGGCAAGCCCAUGUGUAUUGAGAGCUUCCCUGACUAUCCUCCUCUGGGCCACUUUGCUAUUCAUGACAUGAGACAGACAGGUACUGGUGGUGUCAUGAAAGCAGUGGACAAGGCGGCAAAUGGAGCUGGCAAAGUCAUCAAGUCUGCCCAGAAAGCUCAGAAGGCUAAAUGA